UGUGUUGCGUCCUUCGUUCGGGGACGCCCGAACCAUAACCGCCACCUCCCGCUCCCUGCUCUCAGUCUGCCGUGGAGCUGAGUCGUGACUGCAUCUCUGUGGUCGAGGAACCUCGGACCUCUCGGCUGCGUCGACCCCUGGGGAAUAACUACCAUGGCUUCCAGUGCUUUGACGAAACCCCAGAUGCGUGGCCUUCUGGCCAAGCGUCUGCGAUUUCACAUCGUUGGAGCAUUCAUUGUAUCCUUGAGUGUUGCAACUUUCUAUAAGUUUGCUGUGGCUGAACCGAGAAAGAAAGCAUAUGCAGAUUUCUACAGAAAUUAUGAUUCCAUGAAAGAUUUUGAGGAGAUGAGGAAGGCUGGUAUCUUUCAGAGUGCAAAGUGAUUUUGGAAUAUAAAGAAUUUCUUUGGGUUGAGUUCCACGGAAGUUUGUCACUCAUUGACCUGUGUUCCUGAACUAUGAAACAUCAAUAUUUGGGCUAAGGAAUAGUUUCUCUUGAUAAAUAAAUAAGAAAUACAUGGACAGUAA